UGCGCACCGCCACUAGUCUUGGAUAUGGCCGGUGUUUCAACGAACUCACGCGAUUUCAUAGUUGCAACAAAAUACAAACUAAUCCGAAAAAUUGGCUCUGGUUCGUUCGGCGACAUUUACUUGGCCAUAAAUAUCACCAAUGGCGAGGAAGUUGCUGUUAAAAUGGAAUCGAACAAGGCGCGUCAUCCACAGCUUCUUUACGAGAGUAAAGUCUACAAGAUCCUGCAAGGUGGCGUUGGCAUACCGCACAUUCGUUGGUAUGGCACCGAAAGGGAGUACAAUGUGCUAGUAAUGGAUUUGCUAGGACCUUCGCUGGAGGACCUGUUCAACUUUUGCAGUCGUCGUUUUACGAUGAAAACCGUGCUGAUGCUUGCUGAUCAGAUGAUCGGCCGAAUUGAAUAUAUUCAUGUGAAGAAUUUCAUUCAUCGGGAUAUUAAGGCGAGUUUACAGUUUCCGGACAAUUUCAUGAUGGGAAUUGGACGACACUGCAAUAAGUUGUUCCUGAUUGAUUUUGGAUUGGCGAAGAAAUAUCGCGAUUCACGUACUCGAGCACAUAUACCGUAUCGGGAAGACAAAAAUCUGACCGGCACAGCACGGGGAACACUGCCAUGGCAGGGUCUGAAGGCAGCAACGAAGAAGCAAAAAUAUGAAAAAAUUAGCGAGAAGAAAAUGUCAACGCCAGUUGAGGUGUUAUGCAAGGGAUUCCCGGCGGAAUUCGCCAUGUAUUUAAAUUAUUGUCGAGGACUGCGAUUUGACGAAGCUCCUGAUUACAUGUAUUUGCGGCAGCUUUUCCGCAUUCUCUUCAGAACUCUCAAUCACCAGUAUGAUUACACAUUCGACUGGACAAUGCUGAAACAGAAGGCAUCACAGAGCAGUGCAGCAGCGCUUGCACUGGCUGGCUCUGGACAAGGAGGCGCACAGAGUUGUGAACAGUGA